AUGCCCCGUGUAUUCCACUUUGCGAAGCCUAUCCAUCCGCAACUGUCCAAGACUGUAACAAUUACCACAGCCAUAGACAUAAAGCAGAAAACCACUCUUUUAAGUUUUUCAAGUCGUUUGAGAAUUGCCAGCAUGGUCCCGAAUUCUGUGGCACUUACCCGCACAUUCCCUCGCUUGUACAGUAUUAUGAGUUUUUCUUCCAAAAACUUGUGCCUUUCUGCACGCCGAACUAGAUUUCUGGUAAGAGGGUUUAACAGCCGCCCCUAUUCAUAUUUUUUGAGUUCUAGUCAUGGGUUUAAGGAGUUGGGUCGUCGCAAAACGGGAGCUGGGCAGUUGGGUUUUGAUUGUUUCCGGGUUUCAGCAGUUUCGGAUGGUGGGUCCCGUGGGAUUGGUGGAUUCGGAGGCUCCGGUGGUGAGAAUUCUGGUGGCAAAGGUGAAGGCGCCGACGAAAAUGGUGGAAGAAAUGAUUGGUCCUUGCUUUCAUGGUAUUUAGCUCUUCUAGCAAAAUAUCCCGUGUUCACAAAAGCUGUGACAUCUGCACUUUUGACUUUUAUAGGAGAUUUAAUUUGCCAGCUUGCAAUUGAUCAUGUGCCGUCACUAGACGUGAAAAGGACAUUUCUGUUUACACUAUUGGGAUUGGUGUUAGUGGGCCCUACAUUGCAUUUCUGGUAUUUAUGUCUAAGUAACUUGGUUAAAUUGCCUGGAGCAUCAGGUGCUUUCCUGCGGCUUUUACUAGAUCAGUUUCUCUUUUCUCCUAUUUUUAUUGGAGUUUUCUUAUCUACAUUGGUGACACUAGAAGGAAGGCCUUCGCAAGUUGUACCCAAACUUCAACAGGAGUGGUUUUCUGCUGUUCUUGCGAAUUGGCAGUUGUGGAUACCUUUCCAAUUUCUCAACUUUCGAUUUGUCCCACAGCAAUUUCAGGUCCUUGCUGCAAAUUUCAUUGCUUUGGUUUGGAAUGUGAUUCUCUCAUUCAAAGCUCACAAAGAGAUACUGACAAAAUAGGUAUCGCUAAAUGUGAUGAUAGAAUCACGAGUUAAUUUCAUUUGUGGCUGCUGAACAAAGUAGUGAAUCUCAGUUGUAUUAGCAAACUCUAAGAUAAACUAAUUUGGUCACUUUCUUUGUGAUGUUGACCAAAUUUCAUUAUCCCACACCAGAUGCUAGUCAACCCUAUGUGGGGUUAAGCGAAGUUGUUCAUGAAAUUUUCAGGUGGAUCAUGAAAGUAUAAAUUCAUUUUUAAUGCAUAAGCAUGCAUAUCUGUCGCCGGAUUUUGAA